AUGAGUAACAAUAAUAAUUGUAAUUUUGGAAAAGAAAUUAUUAGAAUUACAAAUGCAACGGAAGAUAUUAGAAGAAAAGUUUUAUUUAAUUUAAAGAAAAUAAUACCAAAAGAUUUUCAUUCAAACCAUGGAACUAGAACAGUGAAGGAUGCACAAAAUUAUUUAUUUAAUCUUCAAGACCCAGAAAAACUUAUUGAUUCAAAAAUCAAAGAAACUCAUCCAAUAAAUCAUAAUCAUCCAUCAUUUAAAAAAAUAAUUGAUGUUAUUAAAACAUUAAAUGAUUUUAAAGAAAAAGUUUUAAUAAAACAAAAAGAAAAUGAUAAAGAUUUAUAUUGCAAUGAAAAUAAAAGUAAAGAGAAAAUAAAUUUGGGUGAAUAUAGAAAAAAUGAUUUUAGUUUAGAUUCAAAAUCCAUAACUAGUACAAACACAACCACUUGUUGUUCAUCAACAUCACCAAUAAUAACUGCAACAAUUACUGCAAUAUCACCAACAAUAUCAUCACCAAUAACACAAUCACCAUCACUACAAUCAUCAUCACCAUCAUUAAUAACAACUUCAUCAACAACAUCAACAUCAACAUCAACAACAACAACAAAAGUAAAAGAACAAAUUGAAUUUGAAAAUUUAAAUAAUAUGGAAAAAUAUUUGAAUCAAUUAUAUAAUGGUAUUAAUGAAAUGAUUGAUUAUUAUCAAGAGUAUAUGAAUCAAUUAGUAAAUUAUUCAAAAACCAAUAGAAUUCAAGAGUUUUUAAGAUUAUUAGAUAGUAAAGCCACAAUAAAUAGUGAGUUAUUUGAAUCAUCAGCAUUUUAUAGAAUUCCAAGAUCAAUUGCAUUACAUAUUUUAGAUAUGGAUGAAUUUGGUGAAAGGUCAAACAAAAGAGGUGAUGAACAAAAUCAUUAUGUUUCAAUUUUAAAAGAUAAUAAAAACAAUAAUUGUACAUGUUAUGCUAAUAAAACAAAUUGUUUAAAACAUCGAAGUGAUAUUGAAAGUGAUGAGGGAUUUUGGAAUUCUUGUAAGACAAUUUAUUUUAAGAAUAAUGGUUUUGCACAAUUAGAAUGUGGUAAAGAAAUGUUAAUUUAUCAACUAUAUAAACUAUUAAAUAUACCAAUGCCACCAACUGCUAUGAUUGUAAUUGAUCAAUUGACAUUACCAGAUUCAAAAAAGGGUCCAAAAAAGUACUUUAUUAAUGGUGAAAAUGAAUCUCCUUUCUAUAUUCAAGCAUCAUGGGGAAUUGAAGGAAAUCUAGUUAAUUAUAAUAUGUUUAAAAUUACUCAUCCAGAUUAUAAAAUUUUAAAUUUAAAUUCAUUCGCUAAACAAGUAUUUGGUUUAUUAUUAACUUGCCCAUCCGAUGGUAAAUCUGCAAAUUUUAUAAUUGUACAACAUGAUAGAUCACCUUCUUAUAAUUUAAUUUCAAUUGAUAAUGAUCAAGUUUUUGAAGAUUCAAUUCAAACUAUUAAAAAAUCAUCUUCAACAACAACAGUAAUUAAUAAUAAUAAUAAUAAUAAUAAUAAUAAUAAUAAUAAUAAUAAUAAUAAUAAUAAUAAUAAUAAUAAUAAUAAUAAUAAUAAUAAUAAUAAUAAUAAUAAUAAUAAUAAUAAUAAUAAUAAUAAUAAUAAUAAUAAUAAUAAUAAUAAUAAUAAUAAUUUAUCAAGAUUACAAGAAUUCAGAAUUCAUUUAAAAUCAUUACUAUUAACAUUACCAGAAAUGAAUUGUAAAUUUCCAGAAUUAUUACAAGAGUUUAUUAAAUAUAUAAAUCCUCAAUUUUUAAUUAUAGAUUGGUUAACAAAAUUAGAACAUUAUAAUGAAAAGUAUUUAAAUUUAAUUGAAGCAGUUCAAUUUAUAAGAUCAAAAUCAAAUUAUAGUAACUUUUCAUUAACAACAACCACUUCACCAACUUUACCAAUAAAUAAUGAAAUUAUAGCUUUAAAUUUUCAAGACUCAAAGGUACCAAUGAAAUUAAAUAAAAAUUUAGUUUCUAAAAUUCAAAUGAGAUUAGAAAUCAUACAGAAUUAUUUAAAAUCACAUCCAGAAUGUACAAUGUUUGAAGUUUUCUCAAAAGUUUACCCAAUUGCUUAUCAAUAUUAUAAUGAAAAAUUAAAAAUUCAUCAUAAUGAUCCAUUUGAAAUGAUUUCAUUAAUUUAUAAUAAAGAGCAUAAUGAUGGUGAUUUAAUUAAUGAAUCAUUUAUUAUUAGCAGUGGUAGUAGUAUUAAUGUUGGUAGUAGUAGUGAUAAUGGUAUUUCAUCAAUUGAUUCAGAAUUAUCAACAUCUUCAAUUUCAUCAAAUAGUUCAUCAUCAUUAUCAUCUUCAUCACAAUUAACAACUGAAUUUUUACCAAAUCAAUUAAUAAAUUUAUUAGAUAUUGAUAGAAAAACAAUUGGAGAGAAUGUUGUAGAAGAUAUAGUUUUUCAAUAUAAUAAUAAUAAAUCGAUUCAAUUAGAUAUAGUUUAUAAUAGAUUAACAAUUUUAAAUUCAAUAAGAGCAAAUAAUUUUAAAGAUUCAAAAUCAAUUAUUAAACUUUAUCAAAUUAUUAAAUCAAUUAACGAUAUGGAAUUUUUUGAAAAAUUUAAAAUAAUUUUUAAACAAUUUUCAAAUGAAAAUCCAAGUUUAAAAUUAGAUUGGUUAUAUUUAAUUGAAGAUUGGUUUCCAUCUGAAUGGAAUGAUAAUCAAAAGAAAUAUCCAACCAAUUCAAAUGAAAUGAAAGGUACAUUUUUUGGUAGAAAAUUAAUACCAAAAGAAAUUCAUUAUCAUUUAUUUACAAGAGAUGGUCAAUUUAUUAGACGUAAUAAAUAUGGUAGAAAAGAUGUUUCAUGGUAUCCAGAGAAAGAUCCAAUUUGGUAUUUUAAAAAGUAUCCAGAAAUACCAGGUUAUGAAUAUGCUGCAAUUGAAUUUAUGAAAGGAAUUGGUUUAAAAAAUACUGUACAAUCAGAGUUGGUAUUAUUCUAUGAUCCAAAUAUUGGAAAAUGUUAUCCAGUUUUAAUAUCAUUAGCUGUACCUGGUAAAUUAGUAAAAGAAUAUUGGAAUGAUGAUGAUAAUUUCAUGUUAUUAGAUCCACAUCAUACUGGUUUAUUAAUAAUUUCAUCAAUAUUGCUAUCGGUUGAAGAUGGUAAAGAAGAUAAUUUCAUUCUAUCACCAGAUGGAAAAUAUUUAACACCAAUUGAUAAUGAUCAUUGUUUUAUACCAUCAAGUAUUUGGGAAAAGAAUUUCAUUUCAGUACUACAUGAAAAGUUAAUGAUGAAAUCAAUACUUUUCUCUUUACCAAUAAUGAAUAGUUGGAUAGCAACAAGUGUUAAAAAACAAAUUACUUCAAUUGAUUUAAAUCAAUUCUUAAAAGAUUGGCUAGAGAAAUUGGUUAAACUCUCUAUUCUAUUUCAAGAAUUAUUACCAUCGAAUGAAAUUGAUCAACUUUAUAAUGAACAUGGUAGUAUUCUAAGAAUUCCAAUCUCAUUAGAAACUAUAAAAUCAAUUUAUUUAAAUCUUUAUAAUUUAUCACAUUUCUUUAGAAAUUCAAUGGUAAAUACAUAUUUUGAUCUUUUUAAAAGAUUAGAUCCUUUUGUUGCUACCAAAUAUCAAUCAUUAUUUUUAAUAAAUAAUAAUAGCAAUAUCAAUAAUAAUAAUCAAUAUAAAUGUUUAGAAGAUAGAUUUAAAUUCAUUACAAAUGGAUUAUUUAAUCAAACUACAAUUCCAAAUUCAAAAGAAUCAAUUAGAGAAACUGCAAUCAAUAGUAGACAAAUUGUUAAAAUUAUAAAUAUUCCAACUCAAGAUCUAAUUGGUGAAAGUGCAAAAAUUAAAACUGAUCCAUCAUUCGCUUUGGAUCAUUUGAAACAUUUAAUUCAAACUCAUAAAGAAAUUAAAAAGAAUAAUAAAACACUUUUAGGUAAUGGUGAAAUGAUAAAUCCUGAAAAUUUUAAAGGUCAAAAAAAGAGUAAACAAUUUGAAAUUCUUUCUGAAUCAUUUUCAAAAAAUGAUCAAUUUGCUGCCUAUGGUUUAUCACUUUCUGAUGGUUAUUUUGAUAGAUUAAAACAAACUUGUCACAUUCAAUUUUUAGAUUUAAGAAAUUGUGAGCUUUUAACAAAUAAAGCAAUUGAACAAAUUGUUAAAUUAUUACCAAAAUUAUUAUAUUUAAAUAUUACUGGUUGGAAAUCUUUAAAAAAUAUUUGUUUUUCACAUUGUCAAUAUUCAUUUGAUAUUACAAAGAAUUUAAAACAAAUUAAUCCAUUAGAUUUUUUCAAAUAUUACUCUGAAAAUCAAAUUAAAAUUCAAAAAACAUUAAUAGAAAGAUUAGUUAUUAAUGAUUGUCCAUCAUUAGAACUUGUUGAUUUAUAUUUUUCAACACCAUUUCUAAAGAAACUUGAUUUAAAUAGAAAUCAAAAACUUGAAAAGAUUAUUGGUUUAAAUUAUGAUAUUAUUAUAAAUUCAAAUAAUAAUAAUAAUAAUAAUAAUAAUAAUAAUAAUAAUAAUAAUAAUAAUAAUAAUAAUAAUCAAAAUAAUAAUAAUCAAAAUAAUAAUCAAAAUAAUAAUAAUAUUAUAAGUUUAGAAAAUCAAUAUUUAAUAACAACAAAGAAAUCUUUACAACAUCAAACAAUUAUUUCAAAAAGAUCAUUAAAUAUUAUUGUUAUUGGUGAUAAAGGUGUUGGUAAAUCAUCAAUAAUUGAUAGGUUAAAAGAAAUUGAAACAUUCCCAGAGAUAAUUUUUCAUGAAACAACCUUUAAUAUUGAAUUUUCAAAUCAAGUUGAAAGUGAAAUCUAUUCAAGAAUCAAUUGUUUUUGUUUUUAUAGAUUUUUCAUCUUUGUGGUUUAUGAUAGUCCUUCCUCUUUUAUUAAUUCUACCAAUUGGAUAAAAUCAUUUAAAAGCAAAAAGAAUUUCAACUCUAUCCCAAUGGCUUUAAUUGGUAAUAAAGAUGACCUAUACAAUGAAAGUGGUCAUAUAGAUUUUUGUAAUCAAUAUCAUUUAAUUAAUUUUCAAAAAUCAGCUAAAAAUAAUGUUUCCUUUUAUGAUUUAUUUAAUUGUUUCAUUAUUGGAAGUAGUAAAAAUUGCUCAAAUGAAAAUCAUCAUAUUUAA